AACUAAACAAGCAUUUAUAUAUAUGGGCUACUCUUCUUCAUCUUUAUAUCUUCAACAUUUUCACAUCUUCACUUCGUAUCUCUCUUUCUCUCUCAAUAUUCUCUUUUGAAAAGAUGAAGAGGAAUUGCAACUUGGAACUCCGCCUUUAUUCUCCAUACGUUUCUCAUAGAAAUCACAUGGUUGAAGAAGAAAAAGAUAGUGAUAAGAGUUCAAUGCAAAAUCAGCAACAGCCACUGACCAUUUUCUAUGAUGGCAAGAUGUGUGUUAUUGAUGUCACUGAGUUUCAGGCCAAAUCCAUCUUAAUGUUGGCAAAUGAAAAAGUGGAAGAAAUAGUGAAGACACCAACAUGGUCAGAGGCAUCGACACCAACAACAGUAGAAUCUCCUCAUCAAUUGUAUAGCCCUGGUCAUGCUCUUUCAAUGAAAAUGUCUUUGCAACGGUUUCUACAAAAGAGAAAAAUUAGGAUCCAACAAGCUUCUCCAUAUAAUCAUUAGUAAAAUCAAAUUAGUUUGUUCUUUUCUACGAUAGGCUAUUUAGAGUCAAUUAUUUUUUCUUUUUUGAUAAGUCUUGUUAGGUUUCUUAUACUUUUAUUUGUUUUAUUUAAAAUUAAUUGAUGUUCAUUCAACGCUAUAAAAUUGACAUUUUUCAUAUAGAAAUUUGUAUCGGAAUAAAAUUAGUCUUAAAUUA